AUGGACCCUUUUGAUCACGAAUGGUGGAUUCGAGCAACUUGUCGAGCGAAAUAUUUGCACCUGGAAAGUCCAUCACCAAUGGAUCAAACAGUAUGGUGCACGAUUAUCAUCAUUGUUUUCACAAUCCUACUAGGAUGUUUUGCGCGUUCAGAAGAUUGCCUUGUGAGCUGGGAAAACUGCGUACCGAGGUUGUUACCCGAUAUCACAACGAACAAAACACAGACCGACCGCUCCUUCGACAACUGCAACGAUGCCCAGUCAGACUUUCCACAGCGGAUGCACAGUACCGAGAACAAAGAGCAAACUUACGUUGCCACACUCCGCGAAAACCUGUUCCUUCCAGCAUCGACAUUAUUACGUCUGCUCAUUUCGACACUCUUACUAUUUAUUACCCGUCCUAGCUGCCUUUCGCAUCCGCAUGCUCGACGCCAUCACAACUAUUCCGCUUCAAGAAGAAUGUGUAUCUGUCAUACACCCUGCCUCGCCCAACUGGAUUGGCAUCUGGCUCUUUAG